AUGUCAUUGCCGACAAUGAGGCAGGCGGCUUCGAGGGCGCUGAGGAUGCGUGGACCUGUGUGCCGGCACAUCAGGAUGGUCUCGACGGCCUCGCAUGAGAGCCAGCAGAGGCUCCUUUCCUCGCACCUGCAAACUGCAGACCCGGCAAUGUACGAUAUCGUCGAGAAGGAAAAGCAGAGGCAGAAGCACUACAUCAACCUCAUUCCGUCGGAAAACUUUACAUCCCAGGCAGUGCUGGAUGCCCUAGGAAGCCCGAUGCAGAACAAGUAUUCCGAGGGGUACCCUGGAGCGAGGUAUUACGGCGGCAAUGAGUUCAUCGACCAAUCCGAGAGGCUAUGUCAGCAACGGGCAUUGGAGACGUUUGGUCUGGACGACAAGCAGUGGGGAGUAAACGUACAAGCUCUCUCUGGCGCUCCCGCCAACCUGUACGUCUACUCGGCCCUCAUGGGCGUCCACGACCGCCUGAUGGGUCUCGACUUGCCUCACGGUGGCCAUCUUUCCCAUGGAUACCAGACGCCCACCAAGAAGAUCUCUUUCAUCUCAAAGUACUUUGAGACGGUCCCCUACCGCCUGAACGAGUCGACCGGCUACAUAGACUACGACAAGCUGGAGGAGCUGGCGCACAUUUACCGGCCCAAGAUCAUCGUUGCGGGUACAUCGGCUUACAGCCGGUUUAUCGACUACAAGCGCAUGCGUGAGAUCUGCGACAAGGUCAACGCAUACAUGCUGGCCGACAUGGCACACAUCUCGGGCAUGGUCGCGGCCAAGGUCAUCCCGGGGCCGUUUGGCUACGCAGACAUUGUGACGACGACGACCCACAAGUCUCUUCGGGGCCCUCGCGGUGCCAUGAUCUUCUUCCGGAAGGGCGUGCGCUCGACAAACCCCAAGACCAAGGAGGAGGUCAUGUAUGACCUUGAGAGCCCCAUCAACCAGUCCGUCUUCCCCGGUCACCAGGGCGGCCCGCACAACCACACCAUCGCAGCCCUGGCCGUGGCACUCAAGCAGGCGCAGAUGCCCGAGUUCCGCGCGUACCAGGAGCAGGUCCUCGCCAACGCCAAGGCGUUUGCUCGCCGGCUGGGCGAGGCCAAGGGCAACGGCGGUGGUCUUGGAUACAAGAUCGUCUCGGGCGGCACAGACAACCACCUCGUGCUGGCUGAUCUCAAGCCGCAGGGAAUCGACGGCGCUCGCGUCGAGCGCGUGCUGGAGCUGGUCGGCAUCGCCGCCAACAAGAACACGGUGCCGGGUGACAAGUCGGCGCUGACCCCCGGAGGUCUGCGUAUGGGCACUCCGGCCAUGACUACGCGCGGGUUCGGCGAGGACGACUUUGUGCGCGUCGCCGACAUUGUGGACCGUGCGGUGACCAUUGCCGUCCGGGUCGACAAGGCAGCCAGGAAAGCGGCCGAGGCCAAGGGCGAGAAGAGCCCUGGCAAGCUCAAGAACUUUUUGACGUACCUGGGCAACGGCGAGACGGAGAGCGAGAUUGUGCAGCUCAGGAGCGAGGUUUCCGACUGGGUCGGCACGUACCCUCUGCCAUGGGAUGUGAAGCCUUGA